UGCCCGCGGCGGUGUCUGGCAUGAUGGUGCGCGGGAGGCACGACGGCCCUGGCUAGCUGAGGCGCGGGGGCGGCGGUAGCGGCGGUGGUAGCGGGCUCCGGAGCGGCAUGCCAGUGCCCCCCGGGCGCGAUGGCUAGCGGCAGCGCUGGGAAGCCCACUGGCGAGGCGGCUUCUCCGGCUCCCGUGAGCGCCGUCGGUGGGGCCAGCUCGCAGCCACGGAAAAGGCUGGUGUCCGUCUGCGACCACUGCAAGGGCAAGAUGCAGCUGGUGGCCGACCUGCUGCUGCUGUCCAGCGGCCGGCCUGUACUCUUCGAAGGCCCCGCCUCCCCAUGUGCGGGCGCGGAGUCCUUCGAGCAGUGCUGGGACACCAUCAUCGGGCGCACCACGGGGCUCUCCAUCCUCACCCACGACGUGCAGAGCCAGCUCAACGUGGGUCGCUUCGGAGAGGCGGGGGACAGUCUGGUGGAGCUGGGCGACCUGGUGGUGUCGCUGACCGAGUGCUCGGCGCACGCGGCCUACCUGGAGGCCAUGGCUACCCCGGGUGCUCAGCCUGCUCAGCCAGGCCUGGUGGACCGUUAUCUAGUGACACGCUGCCGCCACAAGGUGGAGCAGGGCUGCGCCGUGCUCCGAGCCACCCCAUUGGCCGACAUGACCCCGCUGCUGCUGCUGGAGGUGUCACAGGGCCUGUCGCACAACCUCAAGUUCCUGACGGACGCGUGCGCCCUGGCCAGUGACAAGUCCCGGGAUCGCUUUUCGCGCGAGCAGUUCAAGUUGGGCGUCAAGUGCGUGAGCACCAGUGCGUCCGCGCUGCUGGCCUGCGUGCGUGAGGUCAAGGUGGCGCCCAGUGAGUUGGCGCGCAGCCGCUGCGCGCUCUUCAGCCCGCCCCUGGUGCAGGCUGUGAGCGCGCUUGUGUGCUUCGCCACCGAGCCGCAGUUCCUGGGUCGCGCGGCGGCCUUGAGCGCCGAGGGCAAGGCGGUGCAGACCGCCAUCCUGGGUGGCGCCAUGAGUGUGGUGUCGGCCUGCGUGCUCCUGACCCAGUGCCUCAGGGAUCUGGCUCAGCACCCUGAUGGGGGCGCCAAGAUGUCGGACCACAGGGAGAGGCUGAGGAACUCGGCCUGCGCUGUGUCUGAAGGCUGCACCCUGCUAUCUCAGGCUUUAAGGGAGAGGUCUUCGCCCAGGACUUUACCGCUAGUGAAUUCUAAUUCUGUGAGUUAG